CAGUAUAGUGCAGACUCACUCUGAAAGGAAAUUGCACCUCUUACACAGUCCAUUUGGAUGGUGUGAUGUCAUGAAAACAGCACAUUUUAUCUCCCCAAUCUUGACGAAGAGAUGCUUCAGUGGUCAAACUAUCUCAGACAGAGCCUAUAUAAUAGGUUGCUGGUGACUCUAUUGAUCACAAUCUACCACGACCUACUGACCAGUGAGAUAGGAGGUGUCCAGGCUUGGACCUACAACUACAGUACCAACCCGAAUCUGGACUGGGAUUCAGCCCGCCAGUGGUGCAGGCAGCACUACACAGACAUGGUGGCCAUCCAGAACCAGGAGGAAAUCGUCUAUCUCAACACCAUGCUCCCUAAGAACUCACAAUACUACUGGAUCGGCCUCCGCAAGGUGAAUGAGGUGUGGACCUGGAUGGGCACCAACAAGACCCUGACCAAAGAGGCAGAGAACUGGGCCACCGGGGAGCCCAACAACGUCGGGGACGGACAGGACUGUGUGGAGAUCUACAUCAAAAGAGGAAAGGAUGAAGCCAAGUGGAACGAUGAGAGAUGCACAAAAAAGAAGGGAGCCCUCUGCUACACAGCGUCUUGCUCACAGCAUUGCUGUAGCAUCCAUGCAGAGUGUUUAGAGAACAUAGGGGACUACACCUGCCAGUGUGACCCUGGCUUCAAGGGCCCCCGGUGCCAGGAAGCCGUAGAGUGUGACGCUGUGUCGGACCCAGAGCAGGGUUCAGUGAACUGUGACCAUCCUCAUGGGCCGUUUGCCUUCAACUCCUCUUGUCAGUUCCACUGUGCCCGGGGAUACCAGCUGCUGGGGGCACCACAACUGCUCUGCCAGGCCACAGGGCUCUGGGACCACCCUGCCACUCAGUGCCAAGUCAAACAGUGUCCAGCGCUGGACAGUGGUCCUCAUAGAGGGACUAUGAACUGCAGUGACCCCAUCGCCCUGCACAGUUACAACUCCACCUGUGAAUUCAGCUGUGAUUUGGGGUUUGACCUAAUAGGACCAGACAUGAUUCAGUGUGACCACACAGGACAGUGGACAGGCAACGUCUCCACCUGCACAGUGGUGAGGUGUGCCCCCCUGAACCCUCCUGCCAUGGGGAACAUGUCCUGUGUGGAACCCCUGGGGGCCUCCUCCUUCACCUCCUCCUGUGGGUUCUCCUGUGAGGAGGGCUACCUGCUGAGAGGAGACACCAACCUCACCUGUUUGUCUACUGGACAAUGGACCAACCGCACACCUGCAUGUGAACUGGUGCAGUGCGACGCUAUAAACGCUCCCCCUCACGCCUCCAUGAACUGCUGGAACCCUGUGGAGGAGUUCAGCUACGGUUCCACCUGUGCCCUGGAGUGUGAGGAGGGUUUUGUUCUGGUAGGAACUAACUCCACCCACUGCUCCUCACUGGGUUACUGGAGCCACGCCCUUCCUGUCUGUCAGGCUCAGCAGUGCGACGCCUUAACCGCUCCCCCGCAUGGCUCCAUGAACUGCUCUGACCUCCAUGGUCAGUUCCACUACGGGUCCCAGUGUCUGUUCUCCUGUGAGGAGGGGUUCCUGCUGAACGGAGAGGCUGAUACAGAGUGCACCUCCCUGGGCACAUGGAGCAGGAGAGCCCCCCUCUGUCUGGUGGUGAGGUGUGGCCCCCUGUCCCCUCCUGCCAUGGGGAACAUGACCUGCGUGGAACCCCUGGGGGCCUCCUCCUUCACCUCCUCCUGUGGGUUCUCCUGUGAGGAGGGCUACCUGCUGAGAGGAGACACCAACCUCACCUGUUUGUCUACUGGACAAUGGACCAACCGCACACCUGCAUGUGAACUGGUGCAGUGCGACGCUAUAAACGCUCCCCCUCACGCCUCCAUGAACUGCUGGAACCCUGUGGAGGAGUUCAGCUACGGUUCCACCUGUGCCCUGGAGUGUGAGGAGGGUUUUGUUCUGGUAGGAACUAACUCCACCCACUGCUCCUCACUGGGUUACUGGAGCCACGCCCUUCCUGUCUGUCAGGCUCAGCAGUGCGACGCCUUAACCUCUCCCCCGCAUGGCUCCAUGAACUGCUCUGACCUCCAUGGUCAGUUCCACUACGGGUCCCAGUGUCUGUUCUCCUGUGAGGAGGGGUUCCCGCUGAACGGAGUGGCUGAUACAGAGUGCACCUCCCUGGGCACAUGGAGCAGGAGAGCCCCCCUCUGUCUGGUGGUGAGGUGUGGCCCCCUGUCCCCUCCUGCCAUGGGGAACAUGACCUGCGUGGAACCCCUGGGGGCCUCCUCCUUCACCUCCUCCUGUGGGUUCUCCUGUGAGGAGGGCUACCUGCUGAGAGGAGACACCAACCUCACCUGUUUGUCUACUGGACAAUGGACCAACCGCACACCUGCAUGUGAACUGGUGCAGUGCGACGCUAUAAACGCUCCCCCUCACGCCUCCAUGAACUGCUGGAACCCUGUGGAGGAGUUCAGCUACGGUUCCACCUGUGCCCUGGAGUGUGAGGAGGGUUUUGUUCUGGUAGGAACUAACUCCACCCACUGCUCCUCACUGGGUUACUGGAGCCACGCCCUUCCUGUCUGUCAGGCUCAGCAGUGCGACGCCUUAACCGCUCCCCCGCAUGGCUCCAUGAACUGCUCUGACCUCCAUGGUCAGUUCCACUACGGGUCCCAGUGUCUGUUCUCCUGUGAGGAGGGGUUCCUGCUGAACGGAGUGGCUGAUACAGAGUGCACCUCCCUGGGCACAUGGAGCAGGAGAGCCCCCCUCUGUCUGGUACGUCACUGCCCCCUGCUGGUGGAACCACGGAGAGGCUGGAUGAACUGCACCCACCCCUAUUCUGCCUACAGUUACAGCUCCCACUGCCUCCUCCGAUGCAAUGAGGGAUUGUGGCUAACUGGAGCUCCCACGAUGCAUUGCAACGCAUCGGGAGUCUGGAGCCAAGACUUACCGUCCUGCCAAGUGGUCCAGUGUGAGAACCUAUUGCCCCCACCGCCAUCUCCACCACCCACUCCAUCCUCAACCCCGCCACCAACCCUGGGACCCUCCAUGAACUGCUCACACCCCCUAGGGGAGUUUAGCUUCAGCUCUCUGUGCCUCUUCACCUGCGGCAAAGGCUACUAUCUGAACGGAACAGAAGAGCUGUCCUGCACCUCAGAGGGACAGUGGAGUGACCUUGUGCCCUCUUGCCAAAGAAACAUCACCUCUGACCAAGUGUCCGCUGGGAUGCUGGUCUACGCAGCGGUGGGAGCUGCCUCUGCUGCUGGCCUGUUACUACUGCUGGGACUGGGUAUGCUGGUCAGAAAGCAGCUCAGCAAGCAUGGUAGCGUCAACAUUUAUAACUCGUUAUGGGAAAGAGAAAAUCCUGCUUUUGAGAAUUCUUAAAAAAUAAUGUAUUUACUGUCAUGGUACUGUACAACAAGGUUUUGCAUAAUGAGUUGGAUGUUGAAUUAAACAAGUUAAUUGUU